AGAAUCAGGCAGCAGGCAGCUGGUUUUCCUCGAUUCAGUCAUCGCUGGCAGCAACACUGAGUUCGACGACAGCCGCCGGAUCAGUGCGUGUUUUCAUUUUCUCUGUAGAGCAGUCUCUAGCCACACCCUACCACCAUGUCUGACGAUGAAGAAUAUUCCUCUGAAGAGGAGGUCGUCGAGGAGCAGCAACAUGAACCCCAGGAACAGCCAGCAGCUAAACCCGAGGGAGACGAUCCCGAGUUCAUCAAGCGCCAGGACCAGAAGCGCUCGGACUUGGACGAACAGCUGAAGGAGUACAUCAACGAAUGGCGCAAACAGCGGGCCAAGGAAGAGGAUGAACUCAAAAAGCUCAAGGAGAAACAAGCCAAGCGCAAGGUUUCUCGGGCUGAAGAGGAACAGCGUAUGGCUCAACGUAAGAAGGAAGAGGAGGAGCGUCGUGUUCGCGAAAUUGAGGAGAAGAAACAGCGCGAAAUUGAAGAAAAACGGCGACGUCUCGAGGAAGCUGAGAAGAAGCGGCAGGCAAUGUUGCAGGCCAUGAAGGACAAGGACAAGAAGGGCCCGAACUUCACCAUUACCAAGAAGGACAGCUCUGUAAGGAUUUUUUUUUGGCGAGAAGGUUUAAAAUUAAUUUUACCUAUCUUUUACUCGCAGUUCGGAAUGUCCAAUGCCCAGAUGGAGCGUAACAAGACUAAGGAACAGCUUGAAGAAGAGAAGAAAAUCUCGCUGUCCUUCCGUAUCAAGCCUCUGGAAGUCGACGGUCUUAGCGCCGAUGCUCUACGUACCAAAGCCACCGAGCUGUGGGACACUAUUGUCAAGCUGGAAACGGAAAAGUACGAUUUGGAGGAAAGGCAAAAGCGUCAGGACUACGAUCUUAAAGAAUUGAAGGAAAGACAGAAGCAACAGCUUAGACACAAAGCCUUGAAGAAGGGUCUGGACCCGGAAGCGUUGACCGGCAAAUACCCGCCCAAGAUUCAAGUCGCCUCCAAAUAUGAACGCCGUGUUGACACCCGCUCCUACGAUGAUAAGAAAAAACUGUUCGAAGGUGGCUUUGACACUCUAAAUAAGGAAGUUCUCGAGAAGCAAUGGUCGGAAAGGAAGGAACAGUAUGUCGGUCGCCAAAAAUCCAAACUACCCAAAUGGUUCGGUGAGCGACCUGGCAAAAAGGCCGGCGAUCCAGAAACCCCAGAAGGCGAGGACGAAGUCAAGCCUGAGGACGAGGAAAUCGAAGAAGUCGAGGAGGAAGUCGUUGAAGAAGUUGUUGAAGAAGAGGAGGAAGAGGAGGAAGAAGAGGAGGAAGAGGAGGAAGAAGAAGAGGAAGAGGAAGAAGAGGAAGAGGAGGAGGAAUAAUAAAUGUUCUAACAUCAACGGUUUCCUUUUAAAGCUAUUGAUUAAGUCGGAAGCAUUAUUUCUUUACUACCAUUUCCAUACUAUUCCUCCGAUGGGCAGCGAACGUAAUCUUUAUGAUGAUGAUGAAGAUGAGCGGAAGCAGACAAUUGUUGAAGCGCUUUUAGCCACAAUUGGAACCAUCUCAAAUAACAUCUUUUAUUAUUUUUAUUGUUUAUGAUUAUUUUAUUGUUUAAAAGCUCAUUUUAAAACAAAUAAAUUAUUUAUUACAAACUAUAAUUUGCAGAAUCGGA